UUCUUGUGUACCUUUAAGUUUUGUGGAAUUUAUGUUUUGAUUUGUUUGACUUAAAAAACUUGAAUAAUGUGGAAUUAAAAGAAUAAGACAAUAAAUCAAGACAACAUUGUUGUACUUGCGCAGUAAGCUUUUGUUUAACAUCAGUGAUCAUCAAGCUAAUUGGAUAUUUAAAAGAAUAAAGAGAAAUUCGGUGCCGACAAGUCUGACAAUUCUUGCGAGUUCAUACAUCAAAUUUUUUGGGCUCCGUGAAUUUUUCAAACCAAAAUUAAAAAAAUGAAUUUAAAAAAGUUAAUUUGAUAAAUAUUUCCCGAAAGUGCCAUCGUGCAGAUUGUUAACACCAUUGGAAUCCAGAAAUCAAUUGUGUAAUUUUCAGUUUAUUGCCAUCGACGAAGCUUUUUUUUGUUUGUUAUUAGAGAAAAAAAAUUCAACAGCGACGAUAAAAAAAAAUUCUUUGAAAAAAGUUUGUGAAAAAAUAAUUUUCAAGAUUCUAAGAAUCGAAUUUUUUGUUUAUUGUGAUUAUACCUCAAUUUAUUAAAUUAUUCAAAUGAAACCUACCGAUAAUUUAAUGGAUCAACAUCGUGUCUACAAACUUGUAUUGACCGGAGGACCUUGUGGCGGUAAAACAACUGGCCAGACUCGUCUCUGUACUUUCUUUGAAAAUCUCGGAUGGAAGGUCUAUCGUGUUCCUGAAACUGCGAGUGUGCUUCUUAGUGGCGGAAUCAAGUUCAAUGAUUUAACUCCAGAUGAAUUAUUACACAAUGCCAAUGAAAAAUUAGAAAUCACAUCCUUCAAAGAUGGUGUACCCGUGCACAGUGUUGACUUAAACGCAAAAUGCCCUCGUUGCCUUGCUGCAGAAGUCAAUAAAAAGCGGCAUGAUGCUUAUAACUUCCAAGUCAACCUGUUGAAAACCAUGAUUCAGAUUGAGAACACUUACUUUGAAUUGGCAAAGUCAUGCAGAAGAAAUUGCUUGAUUAUUUGCGAUCGUGGAGUUAUGGAUGCGUCUGCCUACAUUGAUACUGAUAAGUGGGAGCGUAUGAAGAAUGCCAACGGUUGGAAUGAAAUCGAAAUGAGAGACAAUCGUUAUAAUCAAAUUGUGCAUAUGGUAUCUGCUGCCAACGGAGCGGAGGAAUUUUAUUCGACAGAAGAUCAUUCAUGUCGUUCGGAAGGCGUCGAUUUGGCACGUGAACUGGACUAUAAAUCAGCAGCUGCUUGGAUUGGUCACCCAUACUUUGAUGUCAUUGAUAAUUCAACAGAUUUUGAUGCAAAAGUUAAUCGUAUGAUCGAGUGCGUUUGUCAAAAGCUCAGCAUCGAUACAGGCGAUCGUCUGUUGCGUACAUCAAGAAAACUCAAAUUUUUGGUAUCUGGUCCUUUGAGCGACAUCCAAUUUCCAUCAUUUCAAGAUUUCAAUGUCGUACAUCAUUAUCUCCAAACGAGUGGACAACGUGUUCAGACACGUUUGAGAAAACGUGGACAAAAUGGUCACUGGAGUUACAUUCACACAACACGAAGACCACACGUUCAUGGACAGUCAAUUGAAGUAAAAACGCAACUUACACAACGUGAUUACUUAAAUAUGUUGGCUCAAAAGGACGACGCUCAUUUUACCAUUUUCAAGAAGCGUCGUUGCUUCCUUGUUAACAAUCAAUACUUUCAAUUGGAUAUCUACCAAGAGCCAAGUCAUCCAAGAUGCCGUGGCUUGAUGCUGCUUGAAACAUACACCUCCCUCGAAGGGGAUUAUCUCAAGCGAAGCUUACCUAAGUUCCUGAACAUCGUAAAAGAAGUUACUGGAGAGCCCUCUUACUCAAUGUAUAAUUUAAGUUUAAAAGAAGACUGGAAUAAUACGAAAAAGUUCUGCUAUUCACUUCACGACUUGAUAAUUGAUGAUGGUCAAAAACACCCAGCAAAUAUGAAAAUGUUGGUAAAUGGUAAAGCAUAAAAAAAAGUAUCGAAUCUAAAAACUUAAGAUCGUGAAGUAAGGAAAUAUCGAGAGAAGAGGAGAAUUUUGUUACUAUUUUUAAGGAACUUACAAUUGUAUUCGAAAUAUUUUUUAACUUUUCAUUAACUUCAUUUUUUAUUCCCCAAACCUUUUUAUGAUUUUUUUCUUCUUCCCAAUUUUUUUUUUUACUCUAAAGUAUUGACCAAAAAAAUUAU